AUGGACAGAGAACGGCGGCCCGAUUGGAUCGAGCAUUUGAAAGAAGACACAAUCGCCCGUCCAUAUCACGAUACGUAUCCAUCACGAUCCUAUCGGGGCGGCGGGGGUGACAGAAACGAUUACAAUUCACUUCACAGGAGAGAACACCACCACCGACAUCAUCAUUCCUCCCAUCGACAUGGGGAGGAUCCAGACGGAAAACUAAGGGGUGGAAACGCCCAGUUUAUCCACGGACAAUCAGAUAGUGACUCUACAAUAAUUAGCAGGAAAUCCAUUAAAUCCGAGGAAAGGAUGAAACAAAAAAGACUCGGUCUUGUGCUUUUACUGUUAAUCGGUGCUUUGUUAAUUGCUUUCGGAAUUGGAUUACUUAUAUAUUUUCUUCUGAUGGAAACACCUGGGUUGUAUAAUCACGAUGUCUACAAAGCCAGGAUGAACAUGCCGAUCCUCAACAGACAAUACAAUGAAGCCAUGAGGAAUGUGUCAUCAGCAGAGGCCCAGGCUCUGGCUGUACCCCUCUGUACAGAGAUUGACAAGUACCUGAAAGACAGUCCACUGGCUGGCAAGUACAAGGAAUGUGCUGUCAGACAGAUCAAACAGACAGAAACUUCACCCAUCAUGUGCAAGUGCUCUAGUGGACUAGUGUCCAGCAAGGGGAAGAGAGCCAAGGUUUUCUUUGACCUUGUGUUUAGUGGUCAGAUCACCAGAGAAGAGAUUGAGAAAAUACUGAGAGCACAUGCUGGUUAUGAAGACAAGGACGGUCUGAGAUAUUUCAAGUUUGGGGAGUUUGUCAUUGAUGUCGAUAAAAUACUUAAACCUCCAGUACUGCCAACAAGGGGACCACAUAUUGAUAUCAUAGAUGCCACUCUGACCAAUUUAACAGUGAGUGUAUACAAUCUAACUGAUUGGACCAGUGACCUUAAAAUUAACACCUCCCUAGCCUUCAACUCCUACGCUGUUCCAUUUUGUAGAGAUCUCGACAAGAUCUUUCGGUUAAGUCCCCUGAGGGAGAGAUAUUACGACUGCCAAGUAAAAUCGUUUGGAAAAGACCCCAGAAAUGUGGUUGUCCACUUGAGAUUUAAAGGCAAAGCUUACCAAAACAUGAGGAGUGACAUAUUACAAAUCAUAAUUGACAAUGCGAAGAGGGUCCUGGGCCCUGAGAAUAAGGAGCUAAGGAUGAUAGGGAACCUCCUCAUUGAACCUCUUGGAGGGACCUCGAUAGAUGUUCUUAACAUUACUCUCAACCUUGGAGGUACCCCGACCAUUCAACCCACAAAGACUAUUCCUCCACCGACAGGGGAACAAGUUGUCAUAGCAGAUAUUACAGUUUACCUAUACAAUUUAACUUACGAUCCACGACUAGAAGAUGAAAAUUCUGCAUUGUUUCACAGGCAUGCUCAUGCAUUCUGUAAAGAUAUUGAGAAAAUUUACAUGUCAUCUUCACUGAAACAUUUCUUUAUUGACUGCAAAAUGUUUGAUUACAUGGCUCCAGAUCCAGGACAUUUAUAUACCAAGGCCAAGUUCAAGCUUAGAUUCCGACAUCCAUCUGUGUUUUCACCAGAACACUUCAAAGGACUCAUCAAAUCCCGGACCCCAGAGUUUGUACAGACAGACCUUCAAGCACUGACCAAACUGUACACCUAUCUGGUGGGUCACGACCUUGUGAUUCUGGAUAAGACCGGAUUUGAUGUGGUCUGGAAUGCCACUUAUGCUAACAUUACCACAGGACUCUAUGACUUCCAGUACACCUCUGAUCUUGCCAAUAGGAAUUCACCAAAGUUUGCAAGUUUACAGGCUCAUUUCUGUGAUGAUCUUCGACGUUAUGUUGAGAGGACAGCUGUUGGCAAAUUUUUACAGGACUGUAAAAUUGAUGAAUUCACGAACUUCCCAACAAAUGUAAAGUUCCACCUCCUCUUUAACACACCUAUUGGAUCCUAUGUGAUGGAGAAUAUUACCCACGUUCUCAAGGACAUGGCCCCUCACCGACUGAAGGACGGCUUUGAGGUGGUGGAUGUGGGAGAUCUUGGUCUGAUCUGGAAUCGGUACCACAUUGAUAUGAAGGUCACUAACUACACAGUACAUACAGCCACUGAUGUAGCCCACACAGGAACUGUGGACUUUCCCAGCACUCUGGGGCCUGGCAAAAUUAUGUAUUCUGCCACAGAGGUGAGGUUUACAUGUGAUCUGUACAACCAGAGCAUCCCUAUAGAGUUCUCCGACAGAACCAACUACCUGUUCAAACAACAACAGGACCUCUUCUGUAAAGAUGUGAAAAAAAGUUAUACAGACAGUGUUUUGCAUCCACACUUUUUGGAAUGCUAUAUUAAGGACUUCAAAUAUGUAACACCAAGGAAGGUUCAGUUUGGACUUUAUUUUGCCCACACAAUGACAAAUGGCCUUCAAAGCAAUGCUGUCAACAUUCUGGAAAGUAAAUCUUCAAACAAAAAGAUUGGCAGUAAAACUUACGUAGAUCUUGGGAAGCUGUUUUUAGAGACAGGAACCUGUGUCAUUCAGAUGAAACCUGUAAACUGGACUCAUGAAAUGGAGCAUACUUACCACCCCAUUCAUACUGCCACCCCCACCCUGCCAGUGGGACCCUCAUUUGAAAUUGACCACUGUAUGCGGUACCCUUGUCAACACGGGGGCACUUGUCUGAAGUCGAUAUCUGGCUGGUAUAACUGUGUGUGUCCUCCUGGGUACUCGGGUCCUAACUGUGAAAUCAAUAUCAAUGAAUGUAACAUGAACAUGUGUAUGAAUGGUGGAACAUGUGUGGACACCAUCGGAAGCUACUACUGUAAAUGUGAUGCAGGAUGGGAGGGAGUCCACUGUGAAAUCAAUAAGAAUGAGUGUGAUGUCCAGAACAUUUGUCUGUACGGCGGUACAUGUGUAGACACACCAGGCUCCUACUUCUGUAUGUGUGUGGAAGGAAGAACAGGCAAAAACUGUGAAAAUGAUAUUGAUGAGUGUUUACAGGAGAAUAUUUGCCAGAAUGGGGGCACCUGCUUCAACAGACCUGGCUCUUUCUACUGUAGCUGUGCUCCUGGCUGGACAGGAACAUUAUGUGAGACUGAUAUUGAUGAAUGUAAAAACAAUAUUUGUCAACAUGAGGGCACCUGCUUGAACACCCCAGGGUCUUAUCGCUGUCUAUGUCCAACAGGGUGGACAGGAAAAUACUGCGAAAGAGAUAUACAUGAAUGUCUUGAGUAUAAUGUUUGUUCUAAUGGAGGAACUUGUCGUAAUCUGAUGGGUGGAUACAUCUGUACAUGUCCUCCUGGGUGGACAGGAGAUAAUUGCACUCUGGAUGUUAAGGAAUGUCUGACCAAUCCUUGUAAAAACUCGCUGGGUUGUAUCGAGUUGGAGGGCUCAUACAAGUGUGAAUGUCCCCCUGGAUAUACGGGACAGAACUGUGAUAUUAAUAUUAAUGAAUGUUUAACAAUGGACUUGCCCUGCUCGGGACACGGAGACUGUAUAGACACGAUGGGUUCCUACCGGUGUAUCUGUAACCCAGGGUGGACGGGCAUUCAAUGUGACAUUGACAUACCUGAGUGUAGCCUUUUGAAGCCCUGUAAACACAAUUCCACCUGUAUAGAGAUGGACGGUGGCUACAGGUGUAAGUGCUUACCUGGAUUCAGGGGCAAGCACUGUGAAGGAGAUGAGUUUGAGUGUACCAGUAAUCCUUGUCUGAAUGGAGCCACCUGUAUGGAGACCUUUGGGUCCUUUUACUGUAGCUGUCCCCCUGGAUGGACUGGACCCCUCUGUGGGAAGGACUUUGAUGAGUGUGUUAAUGACCCCUGUAGGAACGCUGCAUCAUGUUUGAACACACCAGGAAGUUACCAGUGUAUUUGCAUCAAUGGAUGGUCAGGAAUUCACUGUGAAAUUGUUGACAUAAAUGAAUGUCCCAGCUUCCCUUGUGAAAAUAAGGGAGUAUGUACCAAUACACUGGGGUCUUAUAUUUGUAAAUGUCCCAAAGGAUGGACAGGUCCUAGAUGCAGAAUAGAUGUGGAUGAGUGUAUGCAGAGGCCCUGUGAGAAUGGAGGGUCAUGUAUUAACCUGCCAGGGAGCUAUGAAUGCAUUUGUCCCCGUGGAUUUUCAGGACCCCACUGUAAGAUAGAGCACAAUGAAUGCCUCAACAACCCCUGCCAGAAUGGUGGAACGUGUUUCAAUACUCCUGGAUCUUAUUACUGUAGCUGUAAAAGUGGAUGGACAGGUCCAAACUGCACUCUAGAUGUGGAUGAGUGUCAGUUUGAGAGAGCUGUGUGUAUGUUUGGGGGAACUUGUAUCAACACAAUUGGGUCAUUCACGUGUGUGUGUCCUCCAGGUCGAUCAGGACCCACGUGUGUCAUUGACAUUGAUGAAUGUUUGAUGGCCAAUCCCUGCGGCAAUGGAGGUCAGUGUAUCAACACUGAUGGUUCAUACAAGUGUCUCUGUACCCCGGGCUGGACGGGCAUCAACUGUACUGAAGAUGACAAUGAGUGUAAGGGAUACCCAUGUAGAAACAAGGGAACUUGUGUGAACACAGUGGGGUCCUUUAAGUGUAUGUGUCCACCACAAUGGACUGGACCUAUAUGUGACUUUGAUUAUAAUGAAUGUGCAAAAGACAGAAACCCUUGUCUGAAUGGUGCAACAUGUGACAAUCGAAAUGGAACGUUUAUCUGUAUAUGUCCUAAAGGAUGGAGAGGGGUACACUGUGAUAUAGACAUCAAUGAGUGUGAGACUUUGGUCACCCCUUGUCAGUUUGGAGGCACCUGUAAUAACAUUGAUGGAUCUUAUUACUGUAUCUGUCCCCCAGGAAGGGGAGGUGACUACUGUGAAAUUAACAUCCAGGAAUGUCUGACAAACCCAUGCAUGAAUGGAGGAAGAUGUAUAGAUUUGGAGGAUGGAUUUCGCUGUGAAUGCUCACAGGCUUACACAGGGGAGUAUUGUCAGAAUGACGCUAACGAAUGCGAGAGAGCUAACCCUUGCCAACACGAGGGGACAUGUGUUAACACCCACGGCUCCUACAGAUGUCGCUGUAAGGAGGGAUGGAAGGGACACAACUGUGAAAUUGACAUUAAUGAAUGUUUGAUAUCCAACCCCUGUCUACAUGGAGGCACCUGCUUCAAUACAAUGGGUUCAUUCAGGUGUAAUUGUCCCCCUAACUGGACAGGACAGAGAUGUGAGAUAGAUGUGGAUGAGUGUUCCAACAGCUUCCCCCCUUGUCUUCAUGGCGCUACCUGUAUUAACAUUGAAGGGGGAUACACUUGUCAGUGUCCUAUUGGCUGGAUGGGAAAGAAUUGUGAAAAAGAUGUGAAUGAGUGCUAUACAAUGCAGCCGUGUAGAAAUGGUGGGACCUGUCAGAAUAUUGAUGGUUCCUAUCUCUGUCAAUGUAAGGAAGGCUGGACUGGCCCUGACUGUACAACAGAUGUAGAUGAAUGUUUGAGAAAUCCGUGUAUGUACAAUGGCACGUGUCUGAAUACUCGGGGAUCUUACAUGUGUACCUGUCCACGAGAACGAACAGGACAUAACUGUAUGGACGAUGUGGAUGAGUGUGUUCUCUUUUCGCCGUGUAAACACGGGGGCACCUGUCUUAACAUCAAUGGGGGAUACACCUGUAUGUGUAAGGAUGGCUGGACAGGCACCAACUGUGAAAUGGAUAUUGAUGAAUGCUUGCGGAACCCAUGCUUCAAUAAUGGAAGUUGUAUCAACUCUUACGGGUCGUUUUAUUGUCGUUGUCCGAGAGGAUGGACUGGGCCAUACUGUCUGGAGGAUUUCAAUGAGUGUUUACAAAUGUCCUGUGCCAAUGGAGGUACAUGCAUCAACAUUCAAGGCUCAUAUCAGUGCAGGUGUCCUAAUGGUUGGACAGGAAAGAACUGUGAAAUAGAUGAGGAUGAGUGCAAGAGAAAUCCUUGUUUAAAUGGAGCGACUUGUUACAACACAGUGGGAUCCUUCUCGUGUGUCUGUCCUGAUGGAUUUGUUGGCCAGAUGUGUGGAAAUGACACCAAUGAAUGUCUGCAGUUCCCAGGAAUCUGUAAAAAUGGGGGCACCUGUUUCAACACAGAGGGAUCCUACAAAUGUGAUUGUCCCCCUGGGUGGAGGGGCAAAAACUGUGGAAUAGAUGUGAAUGAAUGCAUAACCAUGAAUCUGUGUGCAAAUGGUGCCACUUGUAUCAACACAGAUGGUUCCUACAAGUGCAGGUGUCCUCCAGGAUUCGAAGGACCCCUCUGUGAAAAGGAUAUAAAUGAAUGUUUGAACAAUCCUUGUAUGCAUGGAGCCAACUGCAUCAACACACCUGGUGGCUAUACCUGUAAUUGUAAAGAAGGAUGGACGGGACUCAACUGUGCUAAUGAUACUGAUGAAUGCUUGAAUUUCCCAUGUUUACAUGGGUCAACCUGUAACAAUACUCUAGGUGGAUUUGAGUGUAUCUGUGCCAAAGGCUGGGAAGGACCAUUCUGUUCAGUUGAUAUCCAUUACUGCCUGGAUGCUCAGUUCUGCCAUGGACAUGGACAUUGCAUCAGUAUGCCAGGAUACGACAUCUGUGAUUGUGAGCCAGGCUGGAUGGGACCACAUUGUGAAUUAAAUAAGAAUGAGUGUAUAGAGAUGGUGGAUGUCUGUAAGAAUGGAGCCACCUGUACAGAUUUAAUGGGUAGCUAUAACUGUACCUGUCUACCAGGAUUCAAGGGAGAGCACUGUGACAUUGAGCAGUCCUGUUUACACACUCCAUGUCUGAAUGAUGGACAGUGUAUCUCAAGGAAUGGAAUCUAUUUCUGUAAAUGUACAGAUCUCUGGACAGGAGAAUAUUGUGACACUCCUGUGAAUAUUUGCACGGAGAAUCCUGACAUUUGCCACAAUGGGGGCACCUGUAAUUACCUUCGUGGUGCCUAUGAAUGUAUCUGUCCCCCAGGCUUCACUGGCAAACACUGCACAGAAAAUGUCAAUGAGUGUAAAGCUGAUGUGUACCCCUGCUUUAAUGGAGGAACCUGCUUUGAUCUGUAUGGAAGUUAUGAAUGUUUCUGUGCAAAGGGAUGGAGUGGGCCACAAUGUAACAAUGACACCAAUGAAUGUGACAGCAAUCCCUGUUUAAAUAAUGGCAAGUGUAUCAACACAGAAGGAGGAUACCUUUGUGAGUGUACACCAGGAUGGAUGGGAAAUCAAUGUCAGAGGAACAAAAAUGAAUGCCUUAACUUCCCUUGUCUGCAUGGUGGAACUUGUAGAGACACAAUAGGUUCAUUCAGAUGCAAGUGCAAAAUGGGCUGGACCGGAGAUAUUUGUCAAGAUGAUGUUAACGAAUGUCUUAACAACCCAUGCAUUCACGGUGGCAUUUGUAAGAACACCAAUGGCUCCUAUAUAUGUGAAUGCCCAGAACAGUACACAGGCAAAAACUGUGAAUUAGACCUAGAUGAGUGCCGAAUGAUUCGAUGUCAGAAUAACGCGACAUGUCAAAACUUGGAUGGAUCAUAUCGCUGUGUGUGCAGGGAUGGAUUUGAAGGAAAAUACUGCGAAAAAGAUAUCAAUGAAUGUCUGACCCUCAGCCCCUGCUUACAUGGAGGUACCUGUGUCAAUUUGAUGGGUGGAUACAGAUGUGAAUGUCCGGAGGGCUGGAUCGGAAAGGAUUGCAACAGAGACAAAGACGAGUGCAUGUACUUCCCCUGUAAACACGGUGGUACCUGUAUGAAUAAUGAUGGGUCAUUCCAGUGUAUAUGUCCUCCUGGAUUCACCGGACCAACUUGUGAGCUAGAUCGAAAUGAAUGUGAAAAAAAUCCAUGUCAGAACAACGGAACAUGUAGGAAUACCCACGGCUCAUUUUACUGUGAGUGUAGUUAUGGGUGGCAGGGACCCUUGUGCUCUGAAGAUGUUAAUGAGUGUAACCUGAAUCCGUGUUUAUAUGGUGGGACCUGUAUCAAUACACCUGGUUCCUAUGUCUGUCAGUGUAAACCAGGACGCACAGGAAAAGACUGUAGAAAUGACACCAAUGAAUGUGAGAGAAACCCAUGCCAGAAUGGAGGAACUUGUAUAAAUACAGAUGGUUCAUACACUUGCAGAUGCACACAGUACUGGCAAGGAGAAAACUGUCAAAUAGAUGUAAAUGAGUGCCUCCUAGCUUACAGUGUCUGUGAACAUGGUGGACAGUGUAUCAAUCUGGCUGGAAACUACACCUGUAAUUGUCCAGCAGGGUGGACGGGGCAUGGCUGUCGUAUAGAUAUAAAUGAGUGUUUGAUGAACCCAUGUAUGAACAAUGCGACCUGUGUUAACACUGACGGUUCCUUUAUCUGUCGAUGUCCCCCGGGCUGGAUGGGACCCACCUGUAGUGAGGAUGUAAAUGAAUGUCCUAUGUUCCUCUGUAAAAAUGGGGCCUCCUGUCAGAAUACCCUGGGAAGUUUUGUGUGUCAGUGUCUUCUGGGCUGGGAGGGACCACUCUGUGAUAUUGAUAUCAAUGAGUGUCUAAGAAAUCCUUGUCUCCAUGGUGGCCGAUGUAUCAACAGCCCCGGUUCCUUUUCCUGUCAGUGUAGUGAAGGGUGGAUGGGAGCUCUCUGUGAUGAAGAUGUAAAUGAAUGCUUGCAGUUCCCUUGUCGAAAUGGAGGAACUUGUAAAAACCUUGAUGGGUCUUUUGAGUGCAUCUGUCCUCAGGGUUAUUCUGGAAAACUGUGUACAGGAGAUGUGAAUGAAUGCCUGUCUAAUCCCUGUAAGAAUGGAGCUAGGUGUAUAGACACCCCAGGAUCCUUCCAAUGUAUCUGUCCACCUCACUGGGAAGGUCCCCUCUGUGACAAAGACAAGAAUGAAUGCCUGAAUCCCAAUGCUUGUCUUAAUGGAGGAACUUGUAUCAACAUCAAUGGGGGAUAUCAGUGUAAAUGUCCCCCUGGCUUCACAGGAGAAUACUGCACUAUGGAUAUCAAUGAGUGUAUUGAGUUUGUGGGAAUUUGUCAGAACGGAGGAUUCUGUAUUAACACACUCGGCGGUUACACAUGUAGAUGUACAGAACAUUGGGAGGGGGUGAACUGUACCAUUGAUAUUGACGAGUGUAAAAUGCAGGUGUGCCAAAAUGGUGCUACCUGUAUCAACACACCUGGAGGUUUUAGAUGUGAAUGUCCACCAGGUUGGAGAGGGGAUAUGUGUGAACAAGAUAAGAACGAGUGCCUGAAUGCCACCCUGUGUCAGAAUAAUGCUCUCUGUAUCAACACACAAGGGUCUUUCACAUGCCAGUGUCAGGUUGGAUGGGAGGGGAAAUAUUGUCACAUUGAUAUAAAUGAAUGUUUGAUUGAUAAUCCCUGUCUCAAUGAUGCAAUUUGUGAGAACACACCAGGAUCCUACAUCUGUAAAUGUAAACCAGGAUUUGAAGGCAACCUAUGUCAAUACAACCAUGAUGAGUGUAAAAGUAACCCCUGUAAGUUUGGAGGGACCUGUAUUGACACUGUGGGCUCAUACAUCUGUCAGUGCCCCCCAGGGAGAUCAGGCAGAAACUGUGAUAAUGAUACAGACGAGUGUCUAAACAACCCAUGUCUGAAUGGAGGGACCUGCGAGAACCUUGUAGGAAGCUUUAAGUGCACAUGUCCUCCAGGAUUUACAGGAGAGAGAUGUGAAAGCAACAUCAAUGAGUGUGUUUUAUACAGACCUUGUAAGAAUGGGGCCACAUGUUAUGAUAGUUUUGGAUCAUAUUCAUGCAGUUGUGCACCGGGAUGGACAGGAAAGAAUUGUGAUACAGAGAUCAAUGAGUGUCUUGUUAUCCGCCCGUGUCAGAAUGGCGCAGAGUGUGUCAACACGCCAGGGUCGUACAAGUGUAUCUGUCCCCCAGGAUGGACAGGGACAAAUUGUGAAAUUGACAUCAAUGAAUGUUAUGACAGACCUUGUAAAAAUGGGGCUCAGUGUAUCAACAAUCAGGGCUCUUUUACAUGCAUCUGUCCCCCAGAUUUCACUGGUCCUCUUUGUGAAACAGCCAUCAUAACAGGAUUUAAAUUCCGAUCCAUUGCCAGGAAUUUAACCUUUACCCCAGGUUUACUUGACAACAGAACAUAUGAAUUCAGAGCCCAUGCAGAUCUGUUCUGUGCAGAUAUUGAUAGAAUUAUAAGAAAAUAUCCCAAUGCAUUUGCUGACUACAAGGAAUGCCGAGUUGUGGCCUAUGGUAACAACCCCACCUCUUUAAACUGGGAACUAAUCUUUACUGGUGACCAGCCCUCACUAAGUGAGAAACAGAUCUUGGACAUUAUCUACAAAGACUUGCCUCAUUACUACUACAAGGACUCGGAGGGGGUGGUCAUUGGAGACAUCUUUGUUCACAUCAAUGAUUACGCCACGACCAAACUGCCCAUGGACUUACAGAUCUUAAACCUGACCUGGUCAGAUGAGCUGAGGAACCCCAACUCCUUCAUGUUCAAAGAAUACUCAGCUGACCUUUGUAAAGAUUUGGAAAGAUUAGUUGGCACCUUUGGUGUUGACCUGCCUAAGUUAGUGGGAUGUGAAGUUAAACAGUAUGGAAAUAAUCCAACCAGAGUGUACUUUGACCUGACCUUUGAGGGAACCCAUUUCACUCCUGAGCUACAACAGAAGUUCUUCCAGCUGAUGAAGGAGCAACCCCUACAGAGAUACAAGAAUUUCCUGGGUUACCUGCUGGGACAGUUCCUGAUAUUCUCCGAGUAUUACACUGACUACACCACGGUCCCGCUGACAUUCCGCGUCCUCAAUUUGACAUACACCACGGAUCUGAUGGACAAAAACUCAGCCAGAUACAAACAGCAUGCAAUGCUGUUCUGUCAAGAUAUUGACAAAUUGAUGAGAUCACACAAAAGAAUUUUCCCAACAUAUGAAGGCUGUGAAGUUGUUCAGUUUGGUAACAAUCCAACAACCAUAUCAGUUGACCUUCAGUUUGGUGGCCUAGUAAAUAUCGGCGAAUACAAAGAUCUAGUUUCAGGCAUUAUAUUUGAGGAUGCUCCAAGAUAUAGGUACCUGAACAAUCUAGGACAUCUCGUGGGCGAUCUGUUGGUGUUCUAUGACAGCUGGGAGUACAUCUUGCAUGAUGCUUGGCUAUCCAACAUGACCUACUUCAUCCAUGAGUUUUCCUACAACCCUCAAUAUGCAGAUGCUAAUUCAGCCCUCUAUAAGGACUUUGAGAAUUUGUUCUGUGGUGAUAUUGACAAUUUCUUCAAAAAUAGCCAACUCUCUGAUAGAUUCUACAGAUGUUUCUUCACAAAAAUAGGAGACACACCUGUGCACACCUUGACCUUUAAUGUGAUAUUUAACGGCACUGAGGAGAUUCCAAAGGAAGUUAUCCAGGACAUCAUCAGCAAACGAGCUGACCACUUCAAUGUUGAGAAUAAGGACAUGAUGUUCAUUGGUCAGCAACUGGUCUACCUGGGAGGAGAAAUGGAGAACUUCCCCAUCAAUAUCUCCAACUAUCUGAUACAGGACUACGUCCUGACCACUGAAAGUCCAGUGAAUACAAUCAUCAAUGCCUCCUUUGUGUUGUUGAACUUGACCUGGACUCCGGAUUUAGCCAACCCCCAGUCAGCAGCCUUUAAAGCUAUUGCUGAUCCAUUCUGUCAAUAUUUGACCAACUUGUAUGUUGGAAGAGACAGAUUCAGGGACAUUUAUGAAAAAUGUGAAGUGGCUUCUAUCACGACAGAUGGGGCAAGAGAGAAAAUCAAUUUUGUGCUACAGUUCAAAGGUCAACAAGAUCAGACUCUGCAGGAGUACAUCUUUGGUAUUCUGAUAGAAAUUGCACCACGUACCACGGUAAAUGGUCAGAUCUCCAUUGUGGUGGGUCCUCUAGCGGUGUAUGAACAGUCCCUAGCUAUAGAGCAAGCCACGGUGGCAGUGGUCACUACAGCACUUCCUAUUGGAAACAUGAGAGCUGGCAAGACAUCCAUGAAACCAGAGAAAAUGUGUGAUGGUGUCACAUCAUACUAUGAGAAAUUUUAUGGAGAUCCUGGACAUUGUGGUAAAUUUUACGUGUGUCUGGGCAGCCAGGCUAUGGAGUUACAGUGUACUAGUGGAUACGCAUUCAGUGUGGCUGAUGGAGACUGUACCAGUAAUAGUGGGAUAGAACUUUUCCUAGGAACAUUUGUGGAUUUUUCAGCAUUCUUACCCACCAAUCCAAUCCAACAGACCACCACUCCUGUGGUCACCACCACUAUCCCCCGCCCCACAGCACCGGCCUCUACAGACCCCUGUAAACCUAACAGACACAACGAAUACCUCCCUGUCCCUGGGGAUUGCCGGUCUUUCUAUGUCUGCUCUUUUGGGACAACUUACAAAUUUCAGUGUGCUGGGGACACAGUUUUCUUCUGGACAAAAAGAAUUUGUGACAAUAAUGAUGGUUCUGUUAACUGUUUAUAA